UAAAUAGUGCUCACUUUAUUCUUAGGGCAGUCUUUCAUCCAAGAUGUUGAUUAAAGUGUUGACUUUACUUUUACUAGCGAAGGUCAGCUUUGUUGCGUCAAAAUUGACAGAAAUAGUAGAUUUGACUUGGGAUUUCAGCAACAAUACAGUAUAUUGGAGUGGAAUUAAACCCUUUUCUUACACAAAAAUGGUGGCUGAAGAUAGAAAUGGCUACUGGUACUCUAUGAAUGAAUUUUGUGCUGGCGAACAUGGCGGUACCCAUUUUGACGCCCCAUAUCACUUCAAUAAAGAAGGAUGGAAGGUGGCUGACGUUCCAAUUACUAGACUCGUCGCAAAAGGUGCCACAAUUGACUUAAGUCGCACUGAAACUAAGUCACUUGCGCCAAAACACCUGGAAAACUGGAAGCGCCAAAAUGGCGAAUUUGACCCUAACACUUUUCUGAUAAUAAAAUUCGGGUGGUCGAAGUACUGGAACAACAGAAACCAGUACAUGGGCAUAGAUGUCAACGGAAACAUGGACUUUCCUGGUAUUUCCGCUGAGGCCGCAACCUGGAUUGUCAACUCCAGGAAAAUUGUGGGGGUUGGUCUGGAUACUGCCAGUGUGGAUCCUGGGAGGAGUUCAGAAUUCAUGACACAUCGCAUUUUGAGUAAAAAUCAGAUUUAUAACGUGGAAAAUUUGAAGCUUUUGGAGGAUUUGCCAGAAAAGGGAUUCAGUGUUGUCGUUUUACCCAUGAAACUGAAGGAUGGUACCGGAGCCCCCGCACGAGUUCUAGCGAUACCCAAGAAUUAUUUAUAACUAUAUACAUAAUGAUGUCUGAAAUUUAAAAGUUUAAAAAUAUAUAUUUAUUAAUUAUUA